AUGGCUACACAAACCGACAAAAACCUUGCCGAGGCCGAGUACGCCAUCAAGCCCACCGCGGUCACGCCCGCCGUUGACACGAGCAAUUGGCCCUUGCUGUUAAAGAACUACGACAAGCUCCUCGUUCGAACGGGCCACUUUACACCCAUUCCUAAUGGCAGCGCGCCGUUGAGCCGAGAUCUCAAGAACUACAUUGCUUCAGGUGUCAUCAAUCUUGACAAACCAUCGAACCCUAGCUCGCACGAAGUGGUUGCUUGGGUGAAGCGCAUUUUGCGCACGGAGAAGACUGGUCACUCUGGUACUCUCGAUCCUAAAGUGACUGGAUGUUUGAUUGUCUGUAUCGAUCGGGCAACUCGACUUGUCAAAUCGCAGCAAGGCGCCGGAAAGGAGUAUGUUGCUGUGAUUCGUCUCCACGACAAGCUUCCUGGUGGUGAGGCGCAAUUUGCACGUGCCCUCGAGACAUUGACCGGUGCUCUCUUCCAGAGGCCGCCCCUAAUUUCCGCAGUCAAGCGCCAACUUCGUAUCCGUACUAUCCACGAAAGCCGAGUUAUCGAAUUUGACAAUGAUCGCCACUUGGGUAUUUUCUGGGUGAGCUGUGAAGCAGGAACAUAUAUUCGAACUCUCUGUGUCCAUUUGGGCCUUCUUUUGGGUGUUGGCGGACAUAUGCAGGAGCUCCGUCGUGUGCGAUCCGGAGCAAUGGAUGAGACAAAGGACCUGGUCACUCUACACGACGUUCUCGACGCGCAAUGGAUGUACGACAACACCAGAGAUGAGUCUUACCUACGCAAGGUUAUCUCGCCUCUUGAAACUCUCCUUACAUCUUACAAGCGUAUUGUCGUAAAGGAUAGCACUGUCAACGCUAUCUGCUAUGGAGCUAAGUUGAUGAUUCCUGGCCUGUUACGAUACGAAGCUGGCAUCGAAGCCCAUGAAGAAGUUGUUCUCAUGACCACCAAGGGAGAGGCUAUCGCUCUAGGUAUCGCGAUGAUGAGCACAGUUGAGAUGUCAUCCUGCGACCACGGCGUUGUUGCCAAGGUGAAACGUUGCAUCAUGGAGCGAGACCUGUACCCGAGAAGAUGGGGUCUUGGCCCCACAGCCACUGAGAAGAAGAAGCUCAAGGCAUCCGGCAAGCUUGAUAAAUUUGGCAGGGCCAACGAGCAAACACCCGCGAAGUGGACUGCCGAGUACAAGGACUACACAGCGCCUGCUGAGUCUACUGCUACAGCUGCUGUGGAUGUUACCAUGUCAGAAGCACCUGCUGAAACUAUAGUCACCGCGGAGGCUACUACAAAUGGAGAGGAGACUCCUGCCGCAGAUGACGACAAGAAGAAGCGGAAGAAGCACGAAGGAGAGUCGCCCGAAGAGAAAGCCGAGCGCAAGCGGAGGAAGGCAGAGAAGAAAGCGGCCAAGGCGUCCAAGCGUGCGUCGCUCGGGAAGAAGGACGAUUCUGACUCGGAAUGA